AUGACGUCACUGCCCCCAUUCCUCAUCUACCAAGGCAAGCCAGGACAAGUUCAGGAUUCUUGGCUUACGGAAUUUGAACCAGAGCAUCAAUCGGCCUUCUUUACAACCUCAGAAACAGGGUGGACAAAUCACGAGCUUGGAAAGGAGUGGCUCACCGGCGUUUUCGACCGGUUUACCAAGGCAAAGGCUCGAAACGGCCGUGACUAUCGCCUUCUCAUUACCGACGGCCACUCGAGCCAUGUGAACAUGGACUUUUUGGAGUGGUGUGACCAACACCGGAUCAUCGUUGCAGUGUUUCCGCCCCAUUCCACUCACAGGCUGCAGCCGUUAGAUGUGUCGUUGUUCAGCCCGCUCUCUACCGCGUACACCAAACAGCUUAUCCAAUGGACGGCAAAGACACAGGGUCUCAUCAAUCUGUCGAAGCGCGAGUUCUGGACCUUAUUUUGGAACGCUUUUGAGGCUUCCUUCUCGCCGGAAAACAUUGCCAGUGGAUGGGAACGGACUGGCCUCUUGCCCUUUGACCCAGAAGUCGUACUGUCGCAGAUCACAGCGAAAACAAGAGACGACUCAGACACGGGAGGCGACUCUGCAGAAUCUCUAGCCCUUCAGCGACCGACUGCUCGAGAUUUGCGCCGGCUUGUUGACAAAGCAGUCGACCAUUCGUCUAGCGACGCUGGUCGCAGCAGCCGAAAGCUGAAGAGCACUCUGGAGAGCCUUCAAUCCGAGGUUGAGCUGCUUCGAUAUGAGAACCAGGGACUCCGUGAGACAAUUAUCCAUGAGAAGCAGCGCAGACAGCGCGGUAAAGCUCUGAAGGACUAUCUCUUCGACCGCAUAGAUCCUAACUCAGCUCAGAUAUUUAGCCCCGCAAAAGUGGCUCAAGCUCGUCUAAAGAAAGCUGAAAUGGAGGCCCAGAAGAAAGAAGAGGCUUUGCAGAAGGAAGCGCAAAGGAUUCAGCGGCAGCAGAAGGCGGCUGAGCAAAAGGCUGUCGCCCUGGAGAAGAGGAGGCAAAGAGUAGCCGAAAUGGAGACGAAGCGGCAGAAAAAGGAAGCCAGGAAGCAAGAGAGGGAGGCCCGACGACAAGUGCGGCAAGAGCUGGAGCGUCAUAGCCAGGAAAUGGCAUGCGAAAUGCAGCACGAACAACAGGCCGCUUCUGAGGGUCGCGCGAAAAGCCCCGGCGUUCGAGACGAAAUAAUCGUGGUCGUUCCGCGCUCACAGGAGACGCCGCGCAAGUCAGAGGGCAACAACGGCUCCGGUGACUACAACACGUGCGAAAAGACCGUCUUUGGCUUGUGA